CCACGGGACAGCAGGAUGCCGUCUACAAAAAAAAACUUGCCAGGUUAUAAGAAACCAGUUUUACCACUACCUGGAAAAUCCCGGGGUUGCCAGUUAGCUAAGUCGUGUCCCGUGGAGUGUUCAGUGGCAGAGAGUGUGUACCCAAGCAAGCAAGCCACUGCGUCGCUGGCUCUCACCCGUCCCCACUCAACCACGUCACCUGUCCUCGUCAGGAUAUUAUACAGGAUGAUGAAGUUAGCGGUAGUGUUGUUGAUGGGGUUGGCGGGGGUGGUCCGCCCUCAGUGUGUCUCCAACAACGACACCCUGCCCCUGCCUCCCAAACCUGACCUCGCCCACAUCACGCCCUUCGCCAUAGACCUCUUCAAGGAGCUCAACCCAGCCGGGACAACCGGCAACUUCUUCUUCAGUCCCUACAGCGUCUGGAACGCCCUCCUCCUCGCUUACUUCGGCUCGGCUGCCAGGACUAGGCAGCAGCUGGAGCAGGUCCUGCGCCUGAAUGACAAGGCAGACACCCUCGCCACCUACAGGGCUCUCAACCGCCUGUACAGAGAGCGAGGGGCCAACACCAGCGACUAUGUGAUAGACUUGGCCAACCGGGUGUAUGUCGACCAGCAGUUCCCCCUGCGGCCCUGUGUCAGAGACGUCCUCCAGGAAGUGGAAACCAUCGACUUCGGGAAGGCGGAGGAAGCGGCUGCGAGGAUCAACCAGCUGGUGAACCAGACGACGCGAGGCAAGAUCCCAGAGCUGGUGACACCUAGCGUAGUCUCCGGGGUUCCCAUGGUGCUCGUCAACGCUGCCUACUUCAAGGGACUCUGGUCCAACCAAUUCAAUGUUUCCAAAACUGUUCCGGAAAAAUUCUUCUUCUCUCCGGAUAAACACACAUUCGUCCCCAUGAUGAAGCUGUUGAGUUCAUUCAAAGUUGGAGAAUCUAAAGAACUGGGAGCGAGUGUGUUGGAGAUGCCGUACAAGGGCGAGGCAGCAUCCAUGUUUGUGUUGCUGCCCCACACACCUGACUCCACCACCGGAGUAGACAACACCACCACCACGCCCCUCGACGCUAUGUUAGGUCGUCUGACGUCUGACACCCUCCGCGCCGCCUUCGCUGGUCUCGAGAAACACGAGGUCGACCUCCAGAUGCCGAAAUUCAAGCUGGACCAAGAAAUCACCGAUGAACUUAUAAAUGCUCUCCAGCGCCAGGGGAUUAAGGACCUCUUUACCUCUGCGGCCAACUUGACCACAUAUGAUCCUUCAGGGCAGCUGAGGGUGAGCAGGGGGAUCCACAAGGCCGUCGUGGAGGUCAAUGAAGAAGGCUCCGAGGCCGCCGCCGCUACGGGCAUAAUUGUUACAUUUUCACUCCCACCAAAGCCAAAGAAAUUCACCUUGAACAGACCAUUCGUCUUCUUGAUCCAUGACAACCACACCAACAACAUUCUCUUCAUCGGUAUUUACAGGAAGCCUCAGACCGACUAGGAAUUAUUUAUAAGACAAUUUUGGCUAAAGUUAGACGCAUUGGCCUUACUCAUUACACUGGAAAGUUGGAGGAUUGUUAGUCAGCAGUGUGUACAUCACCGUCAACAAUCAUCAGUGUGAACAACAACACCAACAAUCAUGAGUGUGAACACAACCAACAA